AUGGAUGAGGAAGAAGUUAAAUUCCACCGCGAUCACUGCCUUGACUAUAUCCGACAAGUUCUCAUGUGCCAUGCAGACCCCACUUUUGAGCCCAUGAGUGACGUGGGAAUCAAUGGCAUGGGAGCUGUUCAUCAGUGCCGUGAUUUCGAUAAGAUAUUUUCCUGGGCGUAUGAGCAUCGGUCAAAUAAAGUGCGCGGGUCUGGAUAUACCGGUGGUAGACUCACGCACACACCUGGCGACCUGAAUAAUUUCGAUGAGGGGCCACAUGCUGGACAUGGCCAUUGA